AUGGAUACAAAUAACAAUACGACGAUAAAGAGAAAACAAUCAAUUUAUAAAUUUACAUUAUUAUGUGAGUUUAUGAAGAAUCUUGGUAAUAUCAAUGUGACUAUACAAGCAACUUGUACAAAUAGUAAUGGCAACGACACGACAAACGAUAAGAUACUCUAUUCAUUCCCUGCAUCGUUGCAAGAAAGGGGUAGAUUAAGGGUUAUCAUUGCAUCGUCUACAUUGGUAUUUAGACCUUUUACAAAGGAAAUUGAUCUUCCAAGUAAACAUUUGGUGGUGGCUGUUCGUGAUGCUCGUUGUAUUGCUCAGAACCAAUCGAUUGCAUCAUUCAACAUUCCCUAUCAAUUUACAAAUCAAGAUACAAAGUUGAAUCAUCUUAUGGAACGAGAUGAUAGUACAGCUGCUACAAAUGAACAUCAAGUAGCAAUUCUAAGACGUAAACUAUUACAAGAAAAGAUUAAAGACAAUGACGAAAGUGUUGGUGGUGGUUCAGGUCGACCAGGUGGACUAGAGAUUACUUGCAAGACAUGUAAAUCGAUUCUAACAAAUGAUGUAAGCAUUGUAAAAUGUUUACCUUCAUCAAAUUGGACAGAGAUUAUGGAUGUUUGGUUGUGUGGAUGUACUGGAGUAUAUGAAUUUGCAAAUCUACCAAAUGCAACUCAAGAUAUUCAAUCAAUGACUAAUCACUGUUUGGUUGGUGAUCAAUACUUAUUAAUUCAUAAUGAUAAUAUAAUUUCAGAUUCAAUUGUAAAAGAUAAUAUAGAUUCAAAUAAUAAUAAUCAACAUCAUAAACAUCAUGGUCACAGUCAUAAUGAAUCAACAACAGAUACUACUACAACAACAAUCGAUUUAAAUUCAUUAUUAAAAUCAUUGGAUUUAUGGAAACCAUUUGAAUGUUCAUUUUGUCAACAAGAUCUUGGUGUUUACUAUCAAAAUAAUUAUAGAUUAUAUAAACAUUCAAUUUCUUCUAUAUUUAAUCAUAACAGCAAUAAUAAUAAUAAUGAUAUUUUAGAAAAUAAGAAUAUUUUUGAAAAACAUACAAUAGAAACAUUAUUUUCAACAUAUCUUUUAUCACAAUCACAAUCAUCUACAAUUUAUAAAUUCCUUUUACAAUCAUCUACGACCAAUCAAAUUUUCGCACAAAUAACUUUAUUAAGUUGGGAUAGUUUAUUAUUAUUGGAUGAUUUUAAUAACAAACAAUUUGAUACAUUUGAUAAACAUAAUUAUCAACCAAUUAUUAAGGUUUUUUAUAAAUUAUUUACAAAAGAAUCACCAUCAAACAAAGAAUCAAAUAUGGAAGAGUUUGCAAAAUGUAAAUUGUUGACUCUAUCAGACAAGGAAUGUUUUGCUAUACUUGGACAAUUAGAAUAUUCAAAUCAAACUCUACCAUUCUUUACCAAAACAAUCAAUGAUAAUAAAAUUGGAAUUCUUAAUUGUUUAUAA